GGCAGGGCCGGGCCGGGCUGGGCUGCGGGGCUCGGUAGCGGAGCCGGGGCUCGGUGCGGAACCGCCGCAGCGGAGCCGAGCCGCGAUGCCGCUCAAGGCCGUCAUCCUCAUCGGGGGCCCGCAGAAGGGAACCCGGUUCCGGCCGCUGUCCUUCGAGGUGCCUAAGCCGCUCUUCCCCGUGGCCGGAGUGCCCAUGGUGCAGCACCACAUUGAGGCCUGCGCCAAGGUGCCCGGCAUGAAGGAGAUCCUGCUCAUGGGUUUCUACCAGCCCAACGAGGCCCUCAGCCGCUUUCUCGUAUCGGCGCAGCAGGAGUUCAAGGUUCCCAUCAGGUAUCUUCAGGAGUAUGCAGCCCUGGGCACGGGUGGUGGCAUCUAUCACUUCCGAGACCAGAUCCUGUCAGGUGGUGCUGAGGCCUUCUUUGUCCUCAACGCAGACGUGUGCUCAGAGUUCCCCUUACAGGAGAUGCUGGAGUUUCGUCAGCAGCAUGGGGACAUGCACAGCUUUGUCAUUCUGGGUACCACAGCCAACAGGACACAGGCACUGAAUUAUGGCUGUAUCGUGGCAAAUGCAGGGACACAGGAGGUUCAGCACUAUGUGGAGAAGCCCAGUACGUUUGUCAGUGAGAUCAUUAACUGUGGCAUCUACCUCUUCACACCUGCCAUCUUCCAGCACAUUGGUGAGGUCUUCCAGAGGAACCAACAGGAGCUAGCACUCUGUCCUUACCUUGGAGAGGAGAGCUCCAAUGGCUGGCAGCGUGCAGAAGUGAUACGGCUAGAGCAGGAUGUUUUCACCGCCCUGGCUGGGAGUGGCAAACUCUAUGUCUACAAAACUGAUGGCUUUUGGAGCCAGAUCAAGUCAGCUGGCUCUGCUAUCUAUGCCAGCCGCCUUUACCUGAACCAGUACAGCAAAAGCCACCCAGAGAGACUGGCCCAGAACAAACCUGGAGGCCCUGUCAUCCGAGGGAAUGUGUACAUCCACCCGACAGCCUCCAUCGACAGCACUGCAGUGCUGGGCCCCAACGUCUCCAUUGGGGAGGGUGUGACAGUGGGCGCUGGUGUGCGUGUGCGAGAGUCCAUCGUCCUGCACGGCGCCUCGCUCCACGACCACACCUGUGUCCUCAAUACCAUUGUGGGCUGGGACAGCACAAUUGGGCGCUGGGCCCGGGUUGAAGGAACACCCAGCGACCCCAACCCCAACGAUCCCUAUGCCAAGAUCGACAGCGAGACCCUUUUCCGGGAUGGGCGCCUCACACCAUCCAUCACAAUCCUGGGCUGCAGUGUCACUAUUCCUGCUGAGGUCGUUAUUCUCAACUCCAUUGUCCUUCCUCACAAGGAGCUGAGCCGAAGCUACAAAAACCAGAUUAUCCUGUGAGCAGCACCUGCCACCUCCCUGCUGUGCCCUACAACAAGAGCCUGCACUGAGACCUCACAUCCUGGGAGGUUCUCAGCACCCCUAGAGGGGUAGGUGCAGGCCAGGAGCCCUGCAAGUGCCUGACUACUGCUCCAGACAGACAUUAAAGCUGAUGAGCAUCA